CACACCUCCCAAAGCUAGAGAGAAUAAGAGAAGAAAGAAACACAUACAUACAUAUUACUUACUUCUUCACUUAGAUUCAACCUUUUCCUAACUUCUAUCUAAAAGUUGGAAAUCAUAAUCAAAGCAUAGUUGUUGUAAUUGUAAUGGCUUCUUCGCCGGCGCAAAGGAAAUUUCACGCUUCAUUAUCAUUGGAACGCCGGCCACGGCUGCUCAAAGAUUUCCUCAACGACGACUAUCACCAUUCGUCGGCGGCGUCGCAGUUGCUGAUUCGGAGCCGGUCAAAGGCGGCGUCCGCCACCAUCUCCGGCGCCCUACACAAGGUGAUCAACAUCGUCAAGUUCUUCCCCUUCGCCUCCGCCGUCAAGUCUCCCUCCGUAUUCAUAUCGAGAAAACUGUCCAAAAGGACGGCGCCGGCGCCGGCGAGCGGUAAGAAUAACCUCGGCCACGAUAACCUCCGAGAGCGGCCGGCGGCCAUGGUCAAAGUCAAGGACAUUCUCCGGUGGAGGUCGUCCCGGGACCUUGCGGCGGAGAAAUCUACGCCGCUUCUGGACGACGAGUUCUGCUACUCGCCGAACAGGUGCACCACCGCCACCACCACUACCGCCGGUAGCAAGAGAUCUAGCUGGUGCGACAGCGAUUUUACCGCGGAGGAUUUACCGUUAUGGUGCGGUGAAAUCGACGAACAAGCCGUAGGGACGAUGAAAAGUGGUAACAAAAAGAAUAGAUUUCUACCCGAUGAAACUGUCGGUGGGUAUUUCAUGGACGACAAACAAAUGGACCCGCAGUUUGAUGAGAACGAUCAGCACAGCCCAGUUUCAGUUCUGCAGUCACCUUUUAGAGAAGAUGAAGAUUUCAGUUUCCAUCGCAGCCUUGCUACCAUAGAAAGCAGAAAAUGCAUGCUGAUGCAAAGAAUUCAGCAGCUGGAAACCCUUGCCGGCGGGGUGGGAGGAGCCACCACCCGGCCGGAGAACGGCGCAGAUGAAGAAGAAGAAGAAGGAGGGAUCCGAGGAGCCAACGACGAGGCAAAACAGAUGAUGAUGAUUCAUUUGACGACAGAAGAGAUUAUAAGCUGUUCCGAGGAGUCAUAUGAAUGGGAAGUGGAGGAGAAGAGGGAGGCCUAUAUUAGAGAUAUGGAGAAGGCUGCCGGAAUGCGGUGGUACAAUUUUGAGGAGGAGAAGGAAGAAGUGUGCCGGGAGGUGGAGGUUGAGGUGUUUAGGGACUUGGUUAAUGAAGUUUUAGCAGAGAUGUUUAUGCAUAAAUUACACUCUACUAAUUAGAUUAUUAGGUUCUAGUGGGCACAUGUAAUGGUUGCUAGUUAUUCUCAGCAUCCGAAAGAUUAUUAGGUUCUAGUGCACACACAUGUAAUGGUGAAAAUAUUAGGGUCAGUACUCAUUAGUAUUUGCCCAAGCUCUAGUCUAGCUAUAUAUGUACAUUUCGUAUAAUACUUCAAUAAUGAAUUUUUAAUUUGUUAAAAUAAA